AUGCCCGAUUGUUUGCGAUGGCGUUUCGGGAUUGCCAUUGGCAUUGGCAUCCUCACGUCUCACCUGUGCAGUUGCAGUCUGGCAUGGGGUCAUUUUUUGCCAGCCAGGCGUCGCGUGGAAGUUGGACGCAAAACAUUGGAUAAGGACGCAACCAGUGGGGUUGCGUCUGUUGCAGCCGCAAACACCGAGCGCUGUGGCGAGUGGCAGCAGGAACUGUUUCGGAUAUGGGGCUCUGUUGUGGCCCUUUGGACUGGCCUGGAUUGUGUCCUGGAUCCUGGAGUUCGACCCGAAGAUCCAGCAGCUUUGUUAAAGAUUGCUUUGCCGACCGCUUUUCUAGUGGCACCUGGUGCUGCAGUGGCAGCAUGUGCGCGGUUGAAACCCAAACCAAUAGGCUUGGAGGAGGGAAUGGAUUCCGCAGCAGUGGUUUUUGUUGGUGACAGUUUGACGCAAGGGACAGUCUCAGCAAAUGUCGUGGAAGUUCUUGCAGAUCGGUGCAAGAGGCGCCAGCAGCAUUUGGGAGACUUUGUCAAUGCAGGAUUGAAUUUCCGAGCGUUGGAAGACGUGGUGACUGAUCCGCCAGCUGAGUUGAUGAAAACUGCGGCCAAGAUCAGGUGUAGCCAUGGAUUGGUGCUACAGUUGGGAUCCAAUGAAUCUUCGGCUUUCACAGUGGGUCAAACCGGUCAAACAACAAACAACAAGGACUUAAUCCGCUACCUGUCGGUACCAGAGCUACUUCGCCCAACGGAGGAGGAGUGGCUUCAGAACUAUGCAAAGCUGAUGCACCAGGCUGCCACGCAACUAGGUUGCAAUGGUGGCAAAGUCUUUCUGGUAUCACCACCGCCUUUGGGGGAGGCUUUGUCAUCACCAGAGUUUCGUUUGGGAGCGGAGAUGGCGAGACGGAUAGAGUUGGUUGCUACUGAAUUGGGCUGCAGCUAUGUCCCUCUUUACGAGGCUUGUGUGGCAUACUUGGCCGCUGGACAGAAGGAUCCAACUACAGCGAGUCGAUACUCACUGAUGGAUUUUUUACCUGGCCUUUGUGUCUUGCCAUGGCGGCUUUACGCUGCCCGACAAUCCUUGAGUCAAAUUCAGGAAGAACAAGGUCUAGAUCUCACAGUGGACUUGGUCCAUUUUGGCCACUGCUAUGCCAAGCUGGCGGCAGAUGUGUUGGAACAGAAGCUUGGUUUGGCGGAAUCAAAGCCUUGACCGCUGGGAAAGG